GAGGAAGAACAAGAAAAUCAUGUGACAGGAAGUUUAAAUACAUUUGUUUUUUUUUUCCUUCUCUCGGCGAGCUGUCAGAUGUAGUUUAAUCUUUGUAGUUACACAAAGAGCCGGUGGGUGCAGAGUUUUCCUGUCACCAUGGCGGAGCCCACAGCCUCCGGUGUGUUCUGUAGCAGGAUGCUGAGCAUGGUGAACUCCGAGGAUGUGAACGCCAUCAUCCAGGCGCAGAGACACAUGCUCGAUCGCUUUGAGAAAACCAAUGAGAUGCUGAUAAACUUCAACGGACUGUCGAAUGUGAGGCUGCAGCAGAUGAACGAGCGUUUCCUGCUUCACACUCGCACCCUGGUUGACAUGAAGAAGGAUUUGGACAGCGUCUUCAGGAGGAUUAGAACAUUGAAAGGAAAGAUUGCAAAGCAAUACCCAGAAGCCUUCAGCAACAUCCAUGAGUCGCCAAUCUUGGAGGACGACGACAAGGAAUUCGACCCUAUUCCUCCAAGCGUUGCUACGACAACCAACACAGCUACAUCAGAGCAGAGCACAGAAUCCUGCGACACAAGCCCCGAUGUAAUCUCGCCCACCGUGAGCAGAUGCUCUGAAGAUCUGUCUCAGGAACCACCAGACACGCCGACCUCUGACCUCCUAGAGACGGCUGUGCUGCGGGAUGAGGGUCCCGACUCUGUACCUGCAGAGUAGAAUGGACGGUUUUCAAACAGAUUCUUAAACUGAGAGUCAAUCUAAAGUCUGCUUUGGCAGCAGGUACAUUGUGUGUUUGCAUAAGUGUCCGUCUUUC